UAAUAUCCAUUCUUGUCGGCCGAUCAUAUCUAAGCGCGCGCUUAACCCGGAGCUUUCGCCACCCGCUCCGUCACGCUUCCAUCUCUUUACUUUUGGCACUCCCCUGCCAACCCUCGUCUUCCUUUUUCACAAGCAGCACUUGCAGAGGACCGCUCGCCAUGUCCUCGUCUCAGCCGCCGCAGGACGGCGACAGGCAGUCAGAAUCCUCAGCAAAACCCUUCACCAUGUCCAUCGGCGGCCGAGCAGCUACCUCUACCGCGAACGGCUCCAAAAAAACCUCAUUUAACCUGCAAUCAACCUCUCGACAGCCCGACACUUCAAAACGAAAUCUCCCGCGCCGACCCCACAACCUGCACGAUGACGACGAGUCCGACGACGACGCCGACAGCCGCGCACCCGCGCACGAGGCCGUCACCGGCUUCGACACCAUGACCGGCACCGCUAUCUCCGCGGACCGAUCGAACGAGCCCCGCCAACUGGUCAUUCCCGUCGCGAGCAACAAUAACUGGCGCAGUCGCCCGGGUAUCAACACGCGGCCGAAGGGGAAGAAUUUGCUCCCUAAGGAAGUCCAGGCGAUUCGGGAGGCUGAGAAGCGCGGCGAGGUCGCGGGUGAAAAUGUUGAGACGGAUCGGCCGAGCGUGUCUUAUGGGUUGAGCUUUGCGCAGGCGACGCCGCAGACUGAGGGGGUGGAGGGAUCCGACACGGCCACGGCAACGAAUGGCGACCAGACGAUGGAGGACGCCGACGCCGAGCGGGAACCGCGCAAGCCGCUCACGCAGGAUGAAAUUGCGAUGAACGCGCUCAUCCGCGAGAGUAAAGGCGAGACGGAGGCUCGGUCGGAUUUGGUGAUCGAGUCGGCGGCUGCGGAUCAGGAUUCGCGUUUCGAUGAGACGACGUCGUUCCGGGCGGACAUCGCAUCGCGGCCAGAGUCCGCCUCGUUGGACCAGUACAAUGCGGUUCCCGUGGAGGAGUUCGGCGCCGCCUUACUCCGAGGUAUGGGUUGGAAGGAAGGCCAGUCAGUCGGAAAAGGGAAAUACGGCUCGCCUUCGGCGGGCGCGGAUAAACCGCGGGUUCCUGAGCGUCGACCUGGAUUCCUAGGAAUUGGAGCGAAGGAUACAUCCACUGGGGGAAAGGGCGCCGAGGCGGAGUUUGGAGCUUGGGGGAAAGCUGCGAUGCGCAAGGGGUCUAGGAAGACGGGCAAGGAGGGCGAGAAUAACACCGAAGGCGUCUAUAUGCCGGUUCUCAUGCAGAACAAGAAGACGGGUUCGUUCAUGACUGAAGAAGAGCUCGCGGCUGCGAAGAAGGAGGCCAAGAAGCAGGACAACGAUGACUGGAAAGAGAGACGGGACCGCAAUCUGGAAAAAAGUGGUCGUGAUCGCGACCGGGAUCGCGAGUAUCGCCGGCGGGACUACGAUGAUGAAGAUGACAGCGAUCGUUACGACAGACGGAGGAAGGGGUCGUCACGGCGAGACAGAAGCCGGUCUUCUGGUGAUCGGCACUCGAGGCGGAAAUACGAUGACCGUGAGGAUGAUAGUGACCGGAGAGAGGAUCGACAUCGACGAGACAGGGACCGUGACCGCGACCGUCGUGAUCGAGACCGUGAUCGUGAUAGGAGUCAUCGCUAUCGGGAUGAUGAUCGCUAUAGCUCGAGACAUUCGUCGAGUACUUCUAGCAGACAUGGCCGGGAUCGAGACCGAGACAGUGAUCGCGACUCUCACCGUCGAAGAAGAUACGACGAUUGAUGCUAUCAGACCUCAUACAAAUCCGCAUAUAUCGAUCUUUGCUACCAAUAUGAGCAUCGUGCCUGAUGCAGACCCGAUCUUGCAAGUGUAACCACUUUUGGGUAUCAAAUCCAUCAGAAUCAGGCAGAAAUUGUCCCUUGGACUUGAUCGUCGAAUACGGUUCAAGGUUCAACAACUUGCAAAAUCAGAAUACGCCUGAUGAACAGUCGACAGAGAUAUCCAUCUGUUCACCUACGGUGCGGCAUCAACCCAGAACUCGACGAAAUCCUCCAGAUAGAAGCCACCAAAAUUGCACUUUGGACCAUGUUGAAAAACGUUUCCAAUAGGG